CUUACAGUGUAUGUGUGUGUGUGUGUGGAGGUACACAGUGAGUAUAAUGUUAUAGCGAGUCUUCUAUUCACCUGGUAUGUGUGGGACUCGAACCCUGGAAUCCAUGCGUGUGAGGCUGUAGCACUAUAGCCUUUUAUAGUCUCUGGAGCCUAACUCUGGCGUACUGUCAUGAACGUGUUCUGUCGGGUAUGUUGGGAUGACUAUGACGUAGGGAACAAGGAACCGCUGUCUUUGCCUUGCGGCCACAGCUUCUGCAGGGACUGUCUCCGGAAGGUGCAUCUACAGGACGAACUCAAGUGUCCUACCUGUUCAACGGUCCAUUCUGGCCAGGCUCUAGACGACCUGCCCGUCAACCUCGACUUGCUCAGCAUCUGUAUCAAGGACCUUUCCGAGCUGACGUCCGUGGGAGGCGAGAAGACGAUGAUGGAGGUUGCAGAGGACGAAGGCUACACUUCCACUACGCGAUCGAGUGAGAGCCAGGUCGGCCGCUCCUCCAUGUUAGAACACGCUGCCAAAGGUGACGUCGACGGCUUGACGGAGGAACUGGAGCAAGGCUGCGAUGUCAACAUGGAAAGCUUGCUUGACGGAGACCACCGAAGGACUGCUCUGCACCUGGCUGCUGACGGGGGCCACCUGGACGCUCUGCUGGAGCUGCUGGUCACGCACCGGGCCAACGUUCACGCCAAGGACACGCUGGGACGUAGACCCUUGCAUCUGGCAGCCGCUGGGGGCCACCACCACCUGCUGUCACCCCUGCUGGAGCACGGAGCCCUGCUGGAGGUACAGGACAACCAAGGUGUGCGGGCCGUACACCUGGCUGCUGAGGGAGGACACCAGGAGACGCUGACGAAGCUUGACACCCUGGGAUGCAAUCUCAGCGCCGCUACAACCGACGGCACUACAGCUCUCCAUCUGGCGGCCAAGCACGGUCACCCGCAGGUGGUGGCUUGGCUGCUGGAGCAGGGUCUCUCCACCUCCAGCAGGGAUAGCUUGCGCCACACGGCCCAGGACUAUGCCGCCAUGAAUGGGCAUCAGGAGGUAGUCAGCCUACUGCGCCACGGAGACGGUGAUCAGCACGGUGGCCCCCAGCAGCAGGCGGAGGCGGGUCAGGAGACGAGAGAUGGACACGGGAAGCCUCUCGGACGCGUCGCCAACCUGGUGAAGCGACACGGUCUUCUCUUUAACAACCAGAUGAUUGGCGAUCUUCGUGACCACAUGAAGGCUCGACCAGCAAGUGUAGAGAUAAGUAGUGAUCAUAUAAAUCAACGAGAACAAAUGUGUGGCAAAGAUCAAUCGAGGCCAAAAAGUGCUGUUCUUCACAGUGACCUUGUGAAGAUUCCACCAGAGCCUGUGGAUGAUUAUAAUGAUCCCUCGACGCCUCGACCAACAAUCAAGGCCCAUCAUAUUAAUAACGUGAGGCUUCGACCUCACACGGGUGGUCUUAGUGAUCCCUCGAUGCCUCGACCAACAAGCGAGGUCCAUCACAAUGAUAACGUGAGGCUUCGACCUCACACGGGUGGUGUUAGUGAUCCCUCGACGCCUCGACCAACAAGCGAGGUCCAUCACAAUGAUAACGUGAGGCUUCGACCUCACACGGGUGAUCUUAGUGAUCCCUCGACGCCUCGACCAACAAGCGAGGUCCAUCACAAUGAUAACGUGAGGCUUCGACCUCACACGGGUGGUCUUAGUGAUCCCUCGAUGCCUCGACCAACAAUCAAGGCCCAUCACAUUGAUAACGUGAGGCUUCGACCUCAUGCGGGUGAUCUUAAUGAUCCCUCGAUGCCUCGACCAACAAGCGAGGUCCAUCACAAUGAUAACGUGAGGCUUCGACCUCACACAGGUGGUCUUAGUGAUCCCUCGAUGCCUCGACCAACAAUCAAGGCCCAUCACAUUGAUAACGUGAGGCUUCGACCUCAUGCGGGUGAUCUUAAUGAUCCCUCGACGCCUCGACCAACAAGCGAGGUCCAUCACAAUGAUAACGUGAAGCUUCGACCUCACACAGGUGGUCUCAGUGAUCCCUCGAUGCCUCGACCAACAAGCGAGGUCUAUCACAAUGAUAACGUGAGGCUUCGACCUCACACAGGUGGUCUUAGUGAUCCCUCAAUGCCUCGACCAAUAAUCAAGGCCCAUCAUAUUGAUAACGUGAGCCUUCGACCUCAUGUUGGUGCUAAGGACACUAAAGUCAAGCUUUCAUCUGGUGAGAGUUGUGAUGACCGAACGAAGCCUCGAAGUCUCUCUCAUCCGGCCCUAGACGCUGGCGCCAAAGAGAAAUGGUUGGAAGCAGCGAGCGCGGGAGACUUGCAGACCGUGGAAGCCUUCCUGGACGCUGGUGUGGAUCUGGAGACUCCCAGCUCUAAAAUGGACGAGGAAGGGUUACAAGCUCUACACCUGGCGUCGUGGGGUGGUCACUGGCAGGUGGUGCAGGUGCUGCUGGACCACGCCGCUCAAAUCGAAUCCCACGCCAAAGGUCGACGGGUCGUGCACUGGGCAGCGUUGGGAGGUCACGUCCAGGUGCUGAAGGUGCUGAGGGAGAGAGGCUGUCAGCUGAUGGCGCUGACGACUGAUGGCUCAACAGCGCUUCACCUGGCGGCUGACUACGGCAACAUGGAUGCCGUCAAGUGGCUGCUGAAGGAGGGUGCUGACCCCACGGUGGAGAACCAGGAGGGCCUCACACCAAUAGACCUCGCAAAGCGCUCAGGAUUCCCUCAGAUCGUCCAGCACCUGCGAGGGUGUGAGGGGAAGGAUAUCGUCCCUCGGGAGGAGUCGUCUUCUGGUGAGGUCACCACUGUGAAGAUUCUGAGCGCUGGCAGGUUCGGUCAUGUCUGCCUGGUACAGGACGCUUACUCCCUCCUUGUUCGAAAGACAAUCCCCUUAUCAAGCAUCCCGGCCAGCAAUCGUCAGCGCGUCCAUAAAGAGCUAGCUCUUCUGCACGAACUCAAGCAUCCCUAUCUUGUCCACUGUGUGAGAGAAGUUAGGAAACUUAAAUACAUCGAAGUUUACUUGGAGUACUGCGAGGGCGGUGACCUUGAGCGGCGCAUCGCUCAACACAAACAGCAAGACGCUCCCUUCAGUGACUCAACAGUCUACAACUGGACGCUCAUGCUCACCCUCGCCCUCAAGUUCCUACACGGGCGGGCCCUGGUGCAUGGGGAUGUGAGGCCCCACAACAUUCUCCUGACGCAGGGCGACGUGGUCAAGUUGCAGGUACCGGGUCUGGGUCUCCUCUCCUGCUGCCCGACAUCUCCCGUCCCGCAGUCGCCUGAGGUCUGCACCGAGAGCGCCAACGAUGCCAAGGCAGACAUGAGAGCUUUGGGAUGCUGCCUUUACCAGCUGGCUACACUUGAACCAUACGUCCCUCAUUCACAGACCAAGACACAGCCAACUGUGACCAUCCCCGGGCCGCUCUGUGAGGAGUUUAAGCAUCUUGUGACCUCCUUGCUGGAUCACGAUGAAGACAGGAGACCCUCUGCCACUCGGAUGUUAAGGUGGCACUUUCUUGAGGAGAGUCUUGAACGCAUGUUGAAGGACAAGCAGUUGGAGCUUGAACAGUUGAAGGAACUUGAAGACGACGUGAUGAGUCAGCUUGCUACUCUUACUGACGCCAGGGUCAUGUAAUGAACCAGCCGGCAGCUCUUGUGACCCCCAGAGUCAUGCGCUGAACCAGCCGGCAGCUCUUGUGACCCCCAGAGUCAUGCGCUGAACCAGGCGGCAGCUCUUGUGACCCCAGAGUCAUGCGCUGAACCAGCCGGCAGCUCUUGUGACCCCAGAGUCAUGCGCUGAACCAGCCGGCAGCUCUUGUGACCCCAGAGUCAUGCGCUGAACCAGCCGGCAGCUCUUGUGACCCCAGGGUGGGUUCUGCUCAAGAAAUUUAGUGCAGAAUACACCAUAAAUGAAGUGUUAUUUUACUCCUUGGACUGAGUUAUUCUGUCUAUGGGAACUCAAUUUGUGAAUCUGGUGGUGCUUCAGUUGUGAAGAGGCCUUAUCAUAUACACAGCACAUGAUUUAGAAAUUCUCGUGGAUCUGACCAAGACAACUAUUGUGAGCUGGGAAUGUUGUCAACAUUGUGGAGAAGACGAGGGGUGGGAUCACGCUGUAAGAGGUGAGCAGUUUAUACAAAGGAGAGUAGUUUACCACUUUAUGUUAAGUUGUUUUUAAUAAAUCGUGAUUAGGUUUG